UUUAUUACCAGGAAGUAAAUUAAACAAAACAAAGAACUUAUUUGUUAACACGUUGUUUCUUUACAAUCUUAGUUAUUUACUCUGUAAGGAUACUUUUACAUAAAGGAAUGACAACAAAAACACAUAACUCCUUCAGCACAUUAUUGGUGAUCCCGCAUGUCUCGCUGCAAACACAAACGCUGAGACAUGAUGACUCAGACUCUAACGAUCCUCUGAACCUGCCUGAGGCGGAAAAUCACCUUGUUGCUGAGAGAUCUGAGGCCAUUAAAUGUGAUCAAUGUGUUUUUACGCUUGUAAUUCACACACACCUUUAUCACAAUAACACUGAGGAGGUUAUACACCCUGCCCGUGUGCCUCUAAAGGUUGUAUAUUAACACGCUGGUGGGGAAAGGACAGAUUAGAGUAACAGAGGAAGUGUGAGUCUGAGCAGCCGACGACUGAAAGAGGAAAAGGAGUUGGUUUUAUGUUAAGGUACCCCUUCAGCUGAUCAGAGUAGAUUUUCUUCCUGCAUCGAGCUCCGACUCUCCAUACGAUGGACUCUUCUUAGCCGCCUAAAAAACAUAAACUGACCUGAGAGGUGACAAUGAUCCGAGGCAGCUGGUGGCUGGUUUUGAGCUUUGUUGGGAUUCUCGCGGCUUCCUGUGGAGCCUUCAGACGGUGUGUGGAUGGGGUCACGAUCAACGUGAUCCUGCUGGAGGAUGAGGAGUCUCCAUGGAGCCUCAAGUAUGUGGAGAAAGAAAUCCGGGAAGCAAUCAAGGAAGAUACAGCCAUUAAUGCAGCAGAAGGAGUGGGAUUUAACCUGACUGCCACCUUUGAGGGAUUUAACACCACUGUGUACAAACAGAAAGGCUGCAGCAGCACUGUCUGUGAGGGAGUGGAGAAGAUUGACAAGCUGAUGGGUUCAGAUGAGCUCGGAUGUGCCGUGCUCGGGCCAACCUGCACCUUAGCUACUUUCUCAAUAGUUGAUUUAGAGAAAGGCCUUGGCCUCAGUACGCCCAUCAUGUCAGCAGGAAGCUUCGGUCCAUCGUGUGACUACACGCUCAACCUGCAGAGGCUGCUGCCACCAGCGCGCAAGAUCUCAGACUUUUUCAUCCAUUUCUGGAAGGAGAAAAACACCAUCAAACCCGAAUGGAAAACAGCCUACGUCUAUAAAAAACCGAGCAACACAGAGGACUGUUAUUGGUAUAUGAGUGCUUUGGAUGCAGAUGGAAAGUUUGCCACCAACAUAAGUCGAACGUUGCUGUGGAAACCUGAAGAUGUGAGAGACAUCCUCUCACCACAGAAAAACAGGACGAGCAACUUGUUCAUCAUGUGUGGCUCACCAACUGACUUACUGGAGGUGAAGAACGGCUCUAAAUCAGCAGACAGCAGCGAGUUUCUCUUCGUCCUCAUUGAUCUUUACAAUGAUGUUUACUACACCAACAUGUCGUCACUGCAAGAGAUGAAGAACGUGUUGGUGCUGACCAUGCCAAACAGCAGAAAGUAUACCAUCAACUCCGACCUCACUGACAACAACACGAUGAACGACUACAUGGCUGCGUACCAUGACUCAGUGCUGCAUAUUGGUCAAGUGAUGCGAGAAAUAGCUGCAAAAAACCAGACCGAGAUUCAACAAAUGGACUUUGUGAAUGUGAAUUACUUCAGGAACACUUCGUUUAACGGUACUGCAGGGGAUUAUAAACUGGAUGUUCACGGAGACAGAGACGCUAAUCUGUCAGUUAUUUACACCACAACAGGCAAUGAGUACAAGGUUUUAUUCACAUUCGACACAGAGUACAACCAAACAAAACUGGUGGACAAGGCUCCUUCUUUUAUCUGGGGGAAAAGACUUCCUGAGUACAAACCAGACACAGGCCCUGCUCUUCAAGACGUCAUCGUGGGCGUGUUGGCCGUCACAGUGGUUGUGGUGGCCACCAUCGCAUUCAUCUUCUACAGACAGAACAGGAAGGAUCGGUUACUCAGGAAGCGUUGGUCCCACAUCAACCCUGAUCUCAUCUCCCUGCUGGAGGACAGUGAACUCAACGUCAUCUCCCUGAAGAUAGAAGAUGAGAGGGAGAAGGUGAAGUUCAAGGUCCGCCGUGCACUCUACGACAAAAAGAUCGUGAACCUGAAGGAGCUGAAGAACUCUGAUGGGAACUUCAACAAAACCCAGAGGAUUGAGCUCAACGCUCUUCUGCACAUCGACUAUUACAACCUGACAAAGUUUUAUGGCACGGUCAAGUUUGACGAGGGAGUGUUUGGAGUGUUUGAGUACGGAGAGCGGGGCUGUCUCAGGCAUGUGCUGAACGACAAAGUGUCGUACCCGGAGGAGACCUUUAUGGACUGGGAGUUCAAAAUCUCUGUCAUGUAUGACAUUGCCAAGGGCAUGUCCUACCUCCAUGCCAGCAGCAUCCAAGUGCACGGCCGCCUCAAGUCCACCAACUGUGUGGUGGACAACCGCAUGGUGGUGAAGAUCACAGACUUUGGUUGUAAUGCGUUUCUCAGCAGCAGCAAAGACCUGUGGACGGCUCCAGAGCACCUGAGGAACCAGGACACUUCUCAGAAGGGAGACGUCUACAGCUUUGCCAUCAUCUCUCAGGAGAUUAUUCUCAGAAAGUCCACGUUCUACACCCAGUCCUGCUGUGACCGGUCAGAAAAGUUGUCCAGGGUGAUGACGUCCUGUUUGAGGCCUGAUCUGAACUUUGAGACAGCUUCAGAAAAAGAAUUGGAGGUAUACAUGAUGAUAAGAAGCUGUUGGGAUGAGGAUCCAGAAAAAAGACCUGACUUUAAGAAGGUGGAAAACUGCCUAGGGAAGGCCAUCAGCAAAAUUCAUAACCAGGACGAGAGCUACAUGGACAACAUGAUCAGAAGGCUGCAGAUGUAUUCCAGGAACCUGGAACAUCUGGUGGAGGAGAGAACGGCUCUUUACAAAGCAGAGAGGGAUCGAGCCGACUGUCUCAACUUCAUGUUGCUUCCUGGGCCGGUGGUGAAAAGCCUGAAGGAGACUGGGGUGGUGGAACCAGAGCUGUACGACGAAGUAACGAUUUAUUUCAGUGACAUCGUCGGCUUCACCACUCUGUGCCAGUACAGCACACCGAUGGAGGUUGUUGACAUGCUGAACGACAUCUACAAGGGCUUCGACAGCAUCGUCGACCACCAUGAUGUGUACAAGGUGGAGACGAUAGGCGACGCCUACAUGGUUGCCUCUGGUUUGCCAAAGAGAAACGGGAACAGACAUGCUGUAGACAUCUGUCGCAUGGCGCUGGACAUCUUAGCCUUCAUGGGCACCUUCCAACUGCGACACCUGCCUGGUAUACCUGUGUGGAUACGCAUCGGCGUACACUCAGGUCCUUGUGCAGCAGGGGUUGUGGGGAUGAAGAUGCCCAGAUACUGUUUAUUUGGAGACACCGUCAACACAGCGUCUCGUAUGGAGUCCACGGGACACCCGCUGCGGAUUCACGUCAGCGAGCCCACAAUUAACAUCCUGCAGAGAACCGACUGCAAGUUUGAGUAUGAGAUCAGAGGGGAGACGUUUCUGAAGGGUAAAGGCACAGAGACGACUUACUGGUUGACUGGAGAAACUGGAGAAGACUACGACCUUCCUACUCCACCCACAACAGAGAACUUCCAGCGCCUGCAGCAGGACCUGGCCCACAUGAUCCUGGCGUGUCUGGAGCGUCGCUCUCGGCUGUCUGUGAGGAGGAAGAAGACACACCCGAGUCACAGACAGGAGGAUGAUGAAGAUCCGGAAUCAGGGGUGGAGUCUGAGAGCAGCCACCCAGAGUACCUGCAUCUGGCCACUGUGGACAACACCCUCAGCACCUUUCUGUAGCAAACUGCUGAAGAAACAGCAUUAUGUUCAAAUAAAGAAAUCAGCAGGAAAAGGGAAGAAAAGAGGAAACUAGUAGGUUGAAAAGCUUUAAAGUGCAAGUGCUGUCUAAUGAGAUAUUUAUAAUUCAUUAUACUCAUGUGUUUCCCCCUUUAUUUAAUGUUUCUUAUCUCAAGAUGCGUUUCUGAAAUUUUAAGAGCAGCAAUAAAACAUUAAGCAGCCAAGCAUAAAUAUUUAAUGUAUUAUGAAUUAAAGCAGUAGAUUAUGUCCAUUAAUGUAGCACUGGCUGGAAAUAUUGUGUUGUAAGAAGCUUUCUGCAUGACCUCCGUAUGGAGGAACAGAGGUUAGUUCUGACUGGACUGAUAAGCUAACAGCCAGUCACUGCAGACACAACCAAAUGGAAAUCCUGUCAUCUUAAAACACCCUGAUGCAGAGUACUCUGGGAGAAAACAAUCAUAAUCACUGUUAUUGAGGUCAAUAAUGAAAUUGUGAUUAUUUACCACAAUGACUCGUCGAGUUGGAAGAUCAGGUCUCACAUUUUAUAGAGCAUGCAGGCACUAGUUGAGCUGUUUAGUCUUGAAUAAAUCUUGUAAAAAUACUGCUUAUUACUACUGUUUAAAGCAGAGAGGAGCUGCUACAGGAGCCUGGGUGUCCAAGUUAGGUGAAAAUGCAGAAGAAAAGGAGCUUUUUAUUUCAAAAGCAUCCACAAGUACAAUCAUAUGGGAAUUUAUCACUGAACACAGCACCUGCGUGUGCAGCUGUCAUAACCGAAAAUAAUAGCAGUCUACUUUUUGGUGCGCAUCCUACACACCACCAGUGUGUUUUGCCCUCAUUCUGUCAUCAUUUUGACCACAAGUGAACGACUGGUGCAAGCUCAGACUUCAUCAUUUGGAAGGCAAGGCAGAUUAAGAGCGCAUUUGUAAAGCAGAAUGUGAGUAAUCGUUUUUAUUGAUAAAUUUUGAACCCAGAUUUGAUUAGAAUUAACUAGUUAAUCUUGAAUGCGUCUUAGUGAAUGGUACUUUAUAAACCUUUAAACUUUAUAAAGCAGUAGAGCUAGCUAACACUAGCAGUUCCAGUCCAGUGUUUGAUUUAUCUGCAGGAAACCUACAAUGUGAAACUGAUGACGAAGCAGAGGUUUGUAAGAUAGCUCUUGCAUGAACCACAGGCUGUUGAUCACUUUAAAAUGGCAGACCUGCUUUGACAGUUUUUCCUCUCAAACUAGCGGUUAGCUCAUCAAAUAAAAAAAAACGUAUUUCUCCAAACUGCCUUCAUUCGAAUAGCCAUCU